CAAGAAUGUAAUUCCGCUUUGUGUUUGCGGGCUCGACCCAUUGAAGAAAAGACAAAAUGGUGGCAAGCGUGUAAAUUUUUGUCUCAAAUAACACAGCGCUUAAACCUCUGUAUUUGUUCUGGAAUAGGUAGAUAUCUUUUUGAUAAUGGGAAAGCACAAAAGCAAGAAACAUCACAAACGUUCCGGAGAGUUAGAAGAAAGAUCAUGUGGAUCAGACAUCUCAUCCGAGUUACCCAUAAAACUUGUCCUCAAGGUCCAUGGUGGGCAGGAGGCAAUUGUGAGCAAGGAGAGGAAAAGUCACCAUGACAAGUCCUCGGGAGGGAAGCAGAAGUCAAAAGAACACAGAAAGGAUAAGAAGAAGAAGAAAAGAUCUGAGGAAAAGGAAAGGAAAAAGCAUAAACUUGAGGCAGCUAGCUCAAGUGCCUGCCCCUCACCUGCUGUGUCAUCUUCAAGUCAUCGCUCACGCAAGAGAGACCGCCAUGAAAUGGAGAUCCAGGGAGAGGCAUUCAUGGACGUGGAACAUCCCAUCAAGAAGAUCCACAUCAAGCCUAUUGAGCCACCAAAAAGAGAAGGAGCUACUCACAAGCAAAAAGCCAAGAAAAAGCACAAGCUUGAACUGUCAGCUCUUCAACUUUGCCUUGAAAAUCUCCAUAUCACCCUACAGCGUAAGGACAUCCAAGGAUUCUUUGCCUAUCCAGUCAAUGAUGCCAUAGCACCUGGCUACUCCCGUGUCAUCACUCACCCAAUGGACUUCAGUACUAUUAAGACAAAGAUUGACUCCAACUCCUACACCACCAUUGAAGCAUUUCGAGAUGAUUUUUAUUUGAUGUGCAAUAAUGCCAUGGUGUACAAUGCACCCGAUACCAUUUAUUUCAAGGCAGCAAAACGCAUCAUGCAGAUUGGAGCUAAGAUGAUGACCAAUGAUCGCAUUAAAAACAUGUACCGCAGCAUAGGCUUCCCUGUCCCAGACAUGGAUGACGGAAGGGGUGUGGCAUCAGAUGAGCCCAUCGAUGUUGACACUGUGGACUCUGAGGUUUGCAUGAUAAUGCAGUCAGUAAAGAAGAAGUCCAAAUCAAAGUCUGAUCAUGCCAAGACUUCUGCUGCAGGACGCAAAAUCUUAGCACAAGUGCAGGAGGUAUCCAAGCGCAUAUCAGCACAACUAAAAAAGAAAUACCCCAAUAGCAAGAUUGGUUUCCUCAGACGUGGUCAAGAUGGUAGUACAAGCCUGGCAGUCAUUAAUCCUGAUAGUAGCCAAGAAUCUCUACCAUGCAACCUGGGCACUGUUGUUGGCAAGGUUGCUACCGGCUCACAUAUCACGGCCACCUUCAAGGAGGACAAGAGGAACAAGGCAACACCAGUCUCCUAUUUGAUGUAUGGCCCGUUUGGCUCAUUUGCACCAACGUAUGACUCGUCCAGAGCCACCAUCAGUAAAGGCGAGUCGGACCUCCUGUACAGCACAUAUGGCAAUGAUGUUGGAAUACAGUACGCCCGGAGCAUUCAAGAUUUUGUCAAAAACACCAACACGUUUGCGCAUGGCGUGGUGGACCGACUGCUGAACGUCCUUACUGAAGGUGCACACGCCAAGCUUAUCGCAUCCCGCCAGGAGAAAUUAAAAGAAGAAGCGAGAGUGGCUGUGGAAAAAAUGCCAGAAGUCCCUAAUGGCAAGGCGGUGCCCGAGAGUACGGACAAAGUGAAUAAAAGUGCGGACGCCAAGAAAUCGACCUCAGGCCCUGCUGAUAAACAAGAAAACGCUAAGGGGGCCUCACAACCCACCUCUCCCAUCGAUGUCAAUUCGCUUCUAAGCCUUUCAGACCUUGGAAUUGAUAUGUCGUUUCUGGCCGACAAAGAUUCGUCCACAAAAUUUUACUCCCAAGCAUCUACUGCAAGCUCUUCUACCGAACUGGACUCAAAGCUGAGCUCUGGGCGACGUCUUCUGGAAGACCUACAAGAAGCGCAAUCCUCUCGACUGGCACACCGACCAAACGACGUACAGUCGAUAACUCCCGACACGGCUACGAAGCCCUCCGACAAGGAAUUCACUCUUGCCGAACAGCUUACAGAUACGCUAAAGGAACUGACUUCACAGGUCCGUCCAGCGGAUGUGACUGAAGUCGAUAGCUUGAGGGCCGCAAUGGGUGUCGGGCCACUACCACUGGACACACAGAUGGAGGGCUCAAACAAAGACAGACCUCUAGGAUCGGCGACAAACGGCGGUCCUUUACGACAAGGUGCUGUGGCAGGCGGGAUGCACUAGGCCACGGACACCUCUUGAUAGCCUUUUCCAAUUCUUGGACAUUUCGAAACCUCCUAUUUGGUCUUAAGGAACUCGUUCAGCGCUUGGUCUGAAGAAACUUGAAAGUUAUUGGAAUUGCCUUCAGCAUGACUCAUAGAGUUCUCGGAAUAACCUGCGAGGUAUGACGUAAUUUGGGGAUUCCCUGGAAUUAACUGCAAUGUGUGAUGGGACUUAUGAAUUCCUUAAAUUUUCUGCAAUACCGAAAGGGACUUGAUCAACCCCUGGGAUUCCUCUAAGUCUAAAGGGAUCUGGCAAUUCUUGGAAUUCCCUACUUGAGCUGAAGAGACUUGGCAAUUCUUGGAAUAUCCUACAUAAUGUAAAGAGCCUUGAAGUUCAUGGAUUCCCUAUAUGGUCUUAAUGGAUUUGCAAUUCUUGGAAUGUCUUAUACAAUCUGAAGAGAAACUUGGCAAUUCUUGAAAUUUCCUCUACGACCAUUUCUUGUUAAUCACCAUUGCACUUUAGAGGUCCAUAUGCCCAAUUGGACAACUAUUUGAAAUAAUCUUUUUAAAACGUGUGCUUCCGAAACCCUAUGGGCUAGCUUGCAAACCUAAGAUUAGAAACCUUUGUUACAAUUCAACUGUUGAUUGAUUUGGCUGACUGGCUGUUUCUCUCAUUUGUUCCGGUUCCCCGAUGGUAUCCCGGAUUUCUUGCGCGGUUUUUGCCCGGUCUUUUAUUCCAAACUCACUCGUCCACGCCAAACAAAUCGGGUACACUCUCGCACCGACCACAAAAGCUAUAUCUGCAAAGCGCCAAACUUCGCAAGCAGCUCCACGUGAUAUGACGUCACCAAUGACGUCAUAUCACGUGAGCACCUUAUUGCAUGUUUCAAAUCCAAAUAUAAAUAAAUACUUUUCUCAAACCAAACGUAAACUUAAGAAAAAACCGGCCGCACGUCUCGUUUUCACCCAUGGAUCUCAAAUAUCAGUUUUUUUUUUCCCCAACAAUCACUCAUAAGUCUUAAAGCAGUGGCCAAAGCUUCUGGCUACUUUUUUUUUCCUUGUAGUUGUUUCGGUUUACUUUUGUAAUUAAUGUAUUGAUGUAACGUUCUUGUGAAAUAAAAUUGAAUUUAAUUGCA